AUGCUUAGUCUGAUAAGUCUGGCCAGUGCUCAGGUCAGCAACUCCACCGGCGGGCAGACAAUUGCCAACACCAUCUUGAUCUUUGCUCGCAAUCUACCAUCAUCUUAUUCGGCAACCUCCGGACUCAAUGGCUAUGGCAUCCCAUACCAGCUGCAAAUUGUACCCCAAGAAGGUAUCACACUGCCAACCCUCAAUUCAUCUACUACUCAAGGCAAUUAUGGUGGCUUCAUCAUCCUCGGCGAAGUGUCCUAUGAUUACGGAAACAACAGCUGGGCCAGUGCUUUAACCGCCGCUCAAUUUGCGACUCUAUAUGCAUAUCAAUCAGAUUUUGGUGUGAGAAUGGUCCGUAUCGAUGUCUAUCCUGGACCUUCCUUCGAUGUUACUCCUACCAUCCCUGGCGCCGGAUGCUGCGGUGCCGGUGUCGAGCAAUUGCUCAGCUUCACAAACACAAGUGGAUUCCCUACUGCCAAUCUCGUGCAAGGUGCCACCAUUAGCACUCAAGGCAUUUGGCACUAUCCAGCAACCAUCACCAAUCCGAAUACGACCUGGGAGGUUGCAGGCCUCGGACCAAGUACCGAUGGUUAUUUCUCCGGACGUGGCUCGGCCGCUGUCAUUCACCAGGACGGAAAUCGUCAAGAGAUGGUCUGGUUUUCGAGCUGGGCGACCAAUUGGGCCCUGACGUCAAAUUACCUCCAACAUGCAUACAUUGCCUGGCUGACUCGUGGUCUGACGGUUGGCUACCGCCGCAUACAUCUAAGCACUCAGGUUGACGACGUUAUGCUGAACACAGCACUCUACCAGCCAUCGGACGCCUUGUUCAGAUUGAGAGCAGCAGACCUCCAAGCCAUCAAAGACUGGACGCCUCAACUGAACUCAAGACUCCCUGCUGGGUCCAACUAUUUCAUGGAGCUGGGAUACAACGGGAACGGCAACAUCGUUGCAGGUAUCACAUUUGAAAACACGACAAUCUGCCAACCUGAUCCCGCCAUCAUUUACACUGGACCCAUGUCUUCAACUCCGCUCGAAUUCCAGAAGCCACUCGGUACCGGUACGGAUAUCUGGCCUACUACGCCCACGACAUACCGCUGGAGCAAGGCAUGUUCUUUGAUCGACCCUCUGUACAAAUGGCUGUCAGUUCCAGAAAAUAUGAAUGCCUUCGCACAUGUUUCUCAUACUUUCACUCACGAGUCGUUGAACAACGCAACAUUCAAUGACACAAACAAAGAGAUCACUUUCAAUCAGGCUUGGGCGAACGUCACUGGAAUCAAUCAAGCCACGAGAUGGUCACCCAACGGUCUUAUUCCUCCUGCCAUCACUGGCAUGCACAAUGGAGAUGCUAUCAGAGCAUGGGUUACCAACGGCAUCACGUCAGCGGUGGGCGACAACACUCGAGCCGUGUUGAUGAAUCGACAAAACGAGUUCUGGCCGUUGAUAAGUACAGUGGCCUCGAACGGAUACGACGGACUUGAGAUUAUUCCACGCUGGGCGACAACCAUCUUCUUCAAUUGCGACCUUCCAGACUGCACCACAGCAGAGUGGGUACAGACCUCUGGUGGAAAAGGUAACUUCACCAAUCUUCUCAACGAUGCUCGCACAAACAAUGUUCGUCACCUGAUGGGGCUUCACCAUGACCCCUUCAUGUUCCAUCAGUCCAAUCUCCGCAACGCAGAUGUCAACUCUACCACCAUCGGUUCUGUCACCGGACAGUUUGCACUGAUCCAGAUCUGGAUCGAAGUGGUGACUCAAGAAAUGACACGCUUGACUAACUGGCCUAUCAUCUCUCUCAAGCACGACGAUAUCGCUAUUGCCUUUACCAACCGUGCCGCUCGCGAUCAGUGCAACCCCAAUCUGACAUACAACAAAUCUUCCGAUGGCAAGAAGAUUGUGUCUGUCACUGUCACCGCGAAUGGCAAUACUUGUGCCGCUCCUAUUGCUGUCACCCUUCCUAUUGGCGCUACGAGCAACGCUCCUGGUCUUGUCAGAGAGACCAUCGGAUCCGAUCCCUUGGUUAUCUGGGUUCCUCUGACUGGAAGUCCCAUCACUUUGAAUCUGGCAUCGCCGGUGUCGGUCUUGUAG